GCGCGCGAACUCCACCUAUCGCUAAAACAAAUAUGAAUAUUAGUAUUGUGAUUAGGGAGAAGGCAAAGGGCAAUAAAGGAAGAAAGACACGAUGAUAUGAUACGAUCCAAGUAAAGAUUAAAGAAAGAUGAUAAUAAAGCACCAACUUUUCCCCAUUCAACCAAAACGUGCUUUUUUAUUUUUGAAAAUCAUUUCAGGGCUUUUGCGUUUACCCUCUCUUUCUCUUUAAUCUUUUAGGUAAAGCUUAGGAGCCUAAAAAAAAACAGGUCAAAAUCCUCUCUCUUCAUUCACCGCCAGACACAGUCCAUGGCCGCCAACAAAAACUACGUCAACAACGCACACAUUAACAACAGCCACAUCUCAAUAACUUUGUAACACUUGGUUCGUUCAUUCAUUCCACAACCAAAACAAAUGCUCCUUCAUGCUACCCCUUCUUCCCUCUUCUCAUUGAAGAAUCCUCCCACCUCGGUUUUCGUGCUCCGUUCCUACUUUUCAUAAAACCCCAUUUCUUCUCUCUCCCUCUUUCUCGCCAAAGCUUUUAGCUUUUUAUCAUUUGAGAUCUGGGAUUUGGUGGGUGGAGUUUUUUGGUUUCUGGGUUUACGGCAUUUUUGAGUUCGAAGGUGAAGGAAUGGGAAGCAAGUGGAAGAAAGCUAAGGUAGCGUUGGGUCUGAAUCUGUGCAUGUUCGUUCCCAGAACCUUAGAUGAUGAAUCGCCGCCGGAGACCUUGGUUUCCGAGAGGCUUUCCGACGCUGCUCUGCUCUCGCCGGCUAACUGGGAAAUGAGUUCUUCCCGGCCAACCACGCCGGUGUCGUCUUUUCACGGUUUGAAGCUGUCCAAAAGUAGCAGCAAAUCGUCCAAGCAAACCUGCUCAAUAUGCUUAACCAAAAUGAAGCAAGGAUCUGGGCAUGCUAUAUUCACUGCUGAGUGUUCACACUCUUUCCAUUUCCACUGCAUAGCUUCAAAUGUAAAACAUGGAAACCAAAUAUGUCCAGUGUGCAGAGCAAAGUGGAAGGAAAUACCCUUAUCGGGUCCCAGUUUGGAACCUAUCACAGGCAGAGUCGCACCAAGUCCAAUAAAUUGGCCCCAAAAUGAUGCUUUGAUGGCUGUGGUCCACCGCCUACCUCUACCUCAUCCUUGCCGAGAUUUGAAUAGGAGGUGUGUUUUGCCAAUUUAUCAGGCUUCUGAGCCUGGCAUAUUUGAUGAUGAUGAAUCCUUAAAUCAUCAACCUGCAAUUUCUGAGAAAAGCCCUUGCAAUAAGAAUGGUGAAGAUACUAAUGCUGCUAGAGCAUUGGAGAUUAAAACGUAUCCAGAAGUGGCUGUUGCUCCAGGACCCAAGACUUAUUCAAACUUCACGAUUUUGGUUCAUCUCAAAGCUACUGCUGCUGCAGCAACUGAUGCAGCCAAAAGACAAAACAUUAGCAGAAACCAGGCUAGCUUGUCACAGAUUUCUCAGACUCCACGUGCCCCUGUUGACUUGGUCACAGUGCUUGAUGUUAGUGGUAGCAUGGCUGGAACUAAGCUUGCACUACUAAAAAGAGCAAUGGGAUUUGUUAUACAGAACCUAGGCUCUAAUGACCGGCUCUCUGUUAUUGCUUUCUCUUCCACAGCACGCCGGCUCUUUCCCUUGUGCAGAAUGACUGAUUCUGGGCGGCAACAGGCGUUGCAUGCUGUUAAUUCUUUGGUUGCAAAUGGGGGUACGAAUAUUGCUGAAGGGCUUAGAAAAGGUGCGAAGAUAAUGGAAGACCGAAAGGAAAAAAAUCCAGUUGGCAGUAUUAUACUGUUGUCUGAUGGUCAAGAUAAUUACACUGUCAAUUUUUCAGCUAACCAGCCCCAACCAAAUUACGAGUUGCUUUUGCCUACUUCUAUUAGUGGUCGUGAUAAUUCAGGAUUUCAAAUUCCUGUGCAUGCUUUUGGAUUUGGUGCAGAUCAUGAUGCUUCUUCAAUGCACUCGAUUUCAGAGAUUUCUGGUGGCACAUUUUCUUUCAUUGAGACUGAAGCCGUGUUGCAGGAUGCAUUUGCACAGUGCAUUGGAGGACUUCUGAGUGUUGUUGUUCAGGAGCUGCAAGUGGGAAUUGAGUGUAUCCACCCAAAUCUCAAUCUUGUUUCACUUAAAGCAGGAAGUUACCCAACUCGUUUGAUGGCUGAUGUACGAAAAGGAUUUAUUGAUGUUGGUGACUUGUAUGCUGAUGAAGAGAGGGAUUUUCUAGUGUCAGUUAAUGUGCCAGCAACAUCUGGCAAUGAAACAUCAUUGAUAAAGGUCAAAUGUGUGUACAAGGAUCCCUUAACUCAGGAAACAGCAACGUUGGAUGGUGAAGAAGUAAAGAUUGAGAGGCCUGAAAGAGUUGGGGAGGUUGUAAUGUCACUUGAAGUGGACAGGCAGCGCAACAGGCUCCAAGCAGCCGAGGCAAUGGCCCAGGCUCGGGUCGCAGCUGAACAGGGUGACUUAACUGGAGCAGCAUUGAUCCUUGAAAACUGUAGAAAGAUGCUGUCAGAGACUGUUUCGGCCAAAUCUCAUGAUCGCCUUUGUGUUGCUUUGGAUGCUGAGCUCAAGGAAAUGCAAGAGCGGAUGGCAAGUAGGCAUGUGUAUGAAGCAUCUGGGAGAGCAUAUAUACUUUCUGGAUUGAGUUCGCACUCGUGGCAAAGAGCAACAGCAAGAGGUGAUUCCACUGAUAGGUCAAGUCUUGUUCAGUCAUAUCAGACUCCAUCAAUGGCUGAGAUGCUUACUCGAUCUCAGGCCAUGUUACUAGGUAGUCCAUCAGGCCAGAGGCUUCUGCAGCCAUUGUUGUCAUUCAGAUCACAACCCAGCCCAAGGUGAUCCAACGGGGAUUUUGUGAAAACCAUCUUCAAGUUAGCCUUUCCAGUGAUUUUCCCUUUUUGCCUUAUAAAAUAUCUGGGAUAGGGUGGUAAACGGGAGACAAACAGAAGAUUUCUUUGAGCUGGGAUUUUGUUGUUAAAUGAAUGUAUAAAUGAAUGAAUAAAAGUUGAGGAAAGGGUGGAGGUUUACUAGCAAUGGAGAAAAGGGCAAUAGAUAGGAAUUUACUGCAUUAUGUUUCUUCUAUUUUGGGGGGUUUUCUUUUGGCUUCACUUCUUUCCUCUAAUUAUGUCGUUUUUGGGGGGUGGUGUACAUAUAGAAGAAUGGCUUUUUUGUGGGACACCUGGGUAUAGAGUUUGUAACUGUGCAAAUGGUUGGGAUGAUCUCAUCAGUAUAAUAUAUAUGUUUUCAAUUCUUUCAGAAGUUGUUAUUCAGUAAU